GAGGAAGAGGUGGGAAGAGGAGGAGGAGGAGGGAAGAAGAGGCGGCAGCAGCAGCAGCAGCAUGGCGGCCGGGCGCGAGCGGCUGAGCGCGCCGCCGCCGCCUCCUCCUCCGCCGCCUCCAUCUCCUGCCGCUCCCGAGCCGGAGCCCGCGGCCCCGCUGCCCAAAUAGCCGCCCUGCCCCGGGUCCUGCCCCGCCCGGACAGCGCCCGGCCAUGGAGCUCGCCAAGCCGGCCUUCCCCGCGCUGCCGCAGGCCAAAGAGGACUCUGAGGAUUGGACCUAUCCCAUGAGGAGAGAGAUGCAGGAAAUCUUACCUGGGUUAUUUUUAGGCCCAUAUUCUUCAGCUAUGAAAAGCAAGCUACCUAUACUCCAGAAACAUGGAAUAACCCAUGUCAUAUGCAUACGGCAGAACAUUGAAGCAAAUUUUAUUAAACCAAACUUCCAGCAGUUAUUUAGGUAUUUAGUCUUGGAUAUUGCAGAUAAUCCAGUGGAGAAUAUAAUCCGAUUUUUCCCUAUGACUAAAGAAUUUAUUGAUGGAAGUUUACAAAGUGGAGGAAAAGUUCUUGUCCAUGGGAACGCAGGGAUUUCUAGAAGUGCUGCCUUAGUUAUUGCAUAUAUAAUGGAAACCUUUGGGGUGAAGUACAGGGAUGCAUUUACUUAUGUCCAAGAAAGAAGAUUCUGUAUUAAUCCUAAUGCUGGAUUUGUCCAUCAACUUCAGGUGACUUUUUUUUUUAAAUUCCUGAUCGUAACUGAAAAGCCAUUUAAUGAAUCAUCUUCCUGCCAAACAGACAUUUACACAAAUAUGCUUCAAAGAAAUGUCAGGAGCUGGAGUAAAGCUUGGGAGGAAGAUGAGUGGGCACCUCAGUUCCUUACAGUUAAGCUUUGGACAGAGCAAAUCCAGGAAUGGAGGAGAAAUAAAAAUCCUGGUUUGUGCAGUGAUUAAGAGGCUCUGAAAUGUCUUGGUUGGUGCUGAAGGAGCUACAAAGGAAAUGUUGUUUGUUUUUAAAGCCAUUUCUUUAGUCAUCCUUGAACUUUUCCUCUGACUUCCUGAUGGUUUUUGUCAUUCAUAUCAAAGCAACACAGAAUUCUCCUUCCAAAUCUGCGCCUGAAUAUGAGAUACUCUGAAUUAGCUUUACAAAGCUUUGUGCCAAAGUAAUUCCAAUCCACGUUUUUGGA